ACAAAGAUACGCAGAGAUAAAGAUGAAAUUCGCAAGAAAUGUGAAAAGACCAAGGAUUGCAAGCCUAAAUGUGAUGCGAAAGACAAGGAAUGCACCAUGUGUUGCACCGGGGAUCUGUGUAACAAAGAUCAUGGAUAUGCUGAGUUCAAAGCUUGGGGACAAUGGUCGUCAUGUAGCAAACAAUGUGGAGGAGGCAAGCGCAGCAGAAGCAGACAGUGUUCUUCUACAGGCAAUCUUCCAUGUUCUGGUGAUACCAAAGAGGAGCAAGAUUGCAACAAGCACUCAUGUCCUCCGAAAGGUAGUGUUGAAAAUGUGUGUACAGAGAUGUUACACGUGCUCACAUGGAAAGAAAAAUAGUGACUGUACAAAGAUAGAAACUUGCAAGAAGGAUGAGGAGACUUGUGAAACAAAGAUACGCAGAGAUAAAGGCGAAAUUCGCAAGAAAUGCGAAAAGACCAAGGAUUGCAAGCCUAAAUGUGAUGCAAAAGACAAGGAAUGCACCAUGUGUUGCACCGGGGAUCUGUGUAACAAAGACCACGGUAGAUAA